AUGGAGCUGUGCGAGGGCGGGGAGCUCUUUGACCGCAUUGUGGCAAGGGGCCACUACUCAGAGCGCGCGGCAGCUGUGGUCAUGAAGACCAUUGUUGAGGAUGUCUUCAUGAUCCGUGAGUUCCUUCCUCAGUUCCUUGUGUUGGAAUUGGCAGCAACUUGGGCGGAGAAGGGAGGAUGUGAAAGAUUUUCUGAGAUAGUUGGAAGCCCUUAUUACAUGGCUCCAGAAGUUUUAAAACGGAAUUAUGGACCAGAAAUUGAUAUAUGGAGUGCUGGAGUUAUACUCUAUAUCUUACUGUGUGGAGUUCCACCAUUUUGGGCUGAAAUUGAACAGGGAGUUGCUCAAGCAAUUCUUAGGGGCGUAAUAGAUUUCAAACGGGAACCAUGGCCUAGUAUUUCUGACAGUGCUAAACAUUUAGUUCGGCUGAUGUUGGAACCUGAUCCCAACUUCGGUUAA